AUGAGUGAUUAAACAAAUUUGAUUACAUACAUUGUAAAAUUAGAGGCUUCUUAUGCAAAAUUAAAAUAAAAGAUGACAAGAGAGAAGAAUAUGUUCAAGAGUGUAAUUUAAAAGUAAAUAUUUUAUUAAUUGAGUUUAUCUUAAAAUUUAGGUGUCAAAUAUAAUGAAUCCUAUUUUGAUUCCUUGGUUAUUUAAGAUUAGGAUCCUCUUACUAAUUGGAAUGUUUUACUCAAUAAAUAAGAUAAUGUUAUAAAAAUAAAGAAAGAAAUAGCAAAAAAAGAAACAGUGUAAAUUAAAUAAAAGAGAAAAAAAAGAACUAAAGAAGAAAUGCAUUAAUAAAUACAAUUGUAAUGA